AUGAUGCAUCUCUUCAGCCCCAGGCAGGGUCUUGUUUUUCAUCUACUCUUCUCUGUUCAGUGCUUCACCGUUUCUGCCGUCGAUACAGCUUUGGGGAACGGUCCGUUGGAUUCCAGCCAAGCCCUCCGAGUUCCGCUCGGGGCACUUCCGAACGAUCACGAUGACUUCCAUUUACCCGAGGAGAAUCAAGGGGCCAUUCCAUGGACAAUUUCCUCCCACGUAGCCGGUAAACCGCCGCCGCCUCCGAGUCUGGUCUUUCGCUACGAUUUGCGAGAUCCAGACGAGGUAUUCUCCGAUGGCUUUAAGACUCGCCAACUGGAGAGAGAGGGAAGGCCAUCAUUGGUUGGAUGGGAUAUUUCUCGACAUACAUAUGGCUCCGAGGAGAACCUGGAGAGCACCAACUACGUCUCCACCACUCGACUUCCCAAAGUGGCCGAGGAAUUUGGCGACGAUCUCGAUUCCGGUGGCGAGCAUAGCUUUUUCGACAGCGCGGAACUGACGGAAGCCGCCAAACGACAAAAUCCAGACGGCUCGGUAAACUAUCAUCAUCCCAUAGCGGAUGUCCUUGAAGAUGCGGCUGCUAGGGGGCCGAAGAUGGGAUACAUCUACAUCAUCAAGCCGGACCCAUCCUUCAUCAAUGUCUUUCAAACCCUCGGACCAGAUGGGUUCCAGGAUAAAACUAACCUGCGCCAGCAGGAAUUUGCCGCUAUGGUGGAGAUCAAGUCGGAUCGAAUCAUUGGCGGCUACGAUCUAGCGGAUCCUGAGAAGGUGAUCGAGUUCAACCCGGGAUAUAACCAGGCGUACGAUCGGCAGCGCGCCGGCGUUGGGUACCGGCGUCUCGCCCAUAAUAGCAACGAAGUAAUUUCCAAUAUGGCCAGAAUAAUCCGAGAUAGCGCCGAGCUCGAGAGCAGAAAACUGAGGCAAGAGGCGGCAUUGCGGCACGCUCCAAGGCAUGAGUGGGAAUCCAUGUCAUUGUCUCGUUUCAUCCAAGAAUUCACUGACCGCAAUGCGCCUCCUCCAACCUCCACAGCCACAUAUCCGAGUCACCAAGGCGGUCCCGCCGAAGACGAGAGGGCGGGAACGAGCUCGGCCAGGACGCUGAAACGUCCACUCGAUACCGCAGAGGAUGAUGGAGGUAGUGGUAUAGGUGGCAAGCAUCGUUGCCCGCGUAGUGAAGGGUGUAACCCGAAACAUGUCACCAAUCCGGUCAUGACGGCAAGUACUGGUCAAGGAGAAUCCAAAGCCGAUGGAACAAAUGCGGACCAUGUCAAGGAGUUGGCAUCGGACACGACAGAGCAGCAGAAGAAUGCACUGCUUCAAACGAAUCAUCAAGGCAGGAUGCCAAUCAACCCCCUUGGUACGAAGGCAACCAAAAGCACCGACAACGAACAAGACGACGAGCCGGACAACGAACCAGACAACGAACCAGACAACGAACCGGGCGACGAACCGGGCGACGAGUCGGGCGACGAGUCGGGCGAAGGCCACGGAAUAGAAACCACAAACGAGGCGAUUGAAGGUCGGCCUAGUCAAACGGGGGCUACAGGUAAGCACUUGCUUGCAUCACUAGCACUGACGACGCACCGCGGCCCUGUCCCUGUCCUUGUCCCUGAUGCUCCGUCCACCUGGCCAAAAGCUGCUGGAGCAGGUGCCGUCGCAAACGGCCUUCAACUCGAAACUCAACAGUUGGGAAAUCGGGCAGAAGCCAUCGCCAGCGCGCCCGUGCCCUUGCAGACGAAGCCGAGACGACAACAAGGUCAUGAUCUCGCCGGCUCGAUAUUCUCCGCCGCACAUCAUCUUGCCUCGCAGGCUACCCCUCGUCGGCGCCCUCCCCCGGUCGUCCGCCUCGCCAUGGACCAAGCCGACAUCCCGGCGCUGCUCUCGCGGCUCGGCAGCGACGAAGAUGGCGUCCGCAAGAUGGCCGUCUUCAAGCUGCAGAGCUCCAUCAACGAUCCUGCCUUUGCCGACGUCUUCAUCUCCUCGGGCGGCCUCGCCGUCCUGCGUCGGAUGAUCAUGGGCUCGGGCGGCAACACUCUCGCCUACUCGCUGCAGAGCUUGACACGCCUGCUCGAGGUGGACAUGGGCUGGGAGAUCUUCGAGGGGCCGACGGCGACGGAUCUCGUCGAACGGGUGGUGGAGCUGAUUGUCACGAACCCGCUGGUUAACAUCCUCAGGGGAGCAAUGUCCAUACUCGUCUCGCUCGUCGGCCACUCGCAGUCGAGCGCCGUCGGCUCCCCCGGGGGUGCGACGCCCGGUCCCUUUGGCUUCAGGGCCCUCAAGCCGGCCGUCGCCGUCUACCCGCACUUUUUCGAGCUCGUCAUCCAGCAGCUGCGGAGCGCCGACCACGCACUCUGCGCCAACGCCCUCAUGCUCAUCAACGCGCUGAUACGCGACGCCAUCUCGACGAGCACGCUGGAUGCCGUCGGCGGAUCGGGCGGCGAGGAGUGGGUGAAGCUCGUCAAGAGCUUGCAGGAUCUGGGCCUGACGAGGGCCGUGUACAAGCUCAUGCAGAGCUCGGCGCUGCAAGAUCUCGCCCACCCGAUGCUCGAGUUUCAAUCCCUCAGCAAGGUGCUCAUUCGAAAAUGGCGAGACGUCGGCGUCGACGGCGAGCGGCCGGAACAUCGGCGGGCUCUCGAGAGCAUCCAUCUCGCGAGCGCGUCGGAUGCGAGCGGGAGGCACGACGGCGCCGAGAAGUGGCGGAGGCUUGGCUUCGAGACGGAGAACCCCGGCCAAGAGUUCGAGCCGACGGGCUACCUCGGCAUCAUGGACCUGACGAGCUACGUCCGAAAGCACGAGGAUGGCUUCCAAAAGCUACUGCAGGAGCAGAGCACGAAGCCGCUGACGGACCGUUGCCCCGUGGCGCGGGCCAGCCUCGCCAUGACGACGAUGCUCUACGAGCAUUUCGAGAUCGAGAGGUCCGACGCCGAGGACGCCAAGGGCUAUCAAGGAGGCGAGACCAAGGACCACGACAAGCUGUUCCGGCCCCUGCUGCUGCACUGGCCCCGGCUGCACACGGCCGGCCUGCGAGCCUUCUUCCGAAUAUGGAAGGCCACGGGCGCCGGGGAGGAAGACGACUUCGACAAGGUCGCCGCGCUGGUGCGCAUUCUCGUCGAGCAGGUCGUCGGCGGAGCGACGCGGACCAAGGACGUGCUCGAGGUCGAGGAUGAGCUGCAAGACUACGACGUCGGCCGGCUGCGAGAGGUGCAGAUGGACCUCCUCGAGCUGGCAUUCGACGCCACCUGGGGCCGGCACCUCCACCAGGUCCGGGAGGUGCUGCAGCAGGAGGCUCUGCAGUUCGUCAAGGAGCAGCGAGUUCGAUGCCUCCUGCAGGGUUCGUGGUUCGCCAAGCCGACGAUGAAGCGGGCCACCAUGGAUGCCCAGCUGGCGUCGUCGACUUCGACGCCUUGGAGGUUCGUCAAGCUCUCGCACAACCGUCGGUACCUGCACUACGCAGACUUCGAGUCGCAGAUGGCGCAGGAUCCCGGCUUGGACAGCCUAGACGACAAGGUGGAUCUGAGCACCAUCAGCUCCGUCGUGUCCAACGUGUCGGCGCCCAAGGACGACGCCAAGAGCACCAACAGCGGGUCGACGGCGCAGCAUCAGACGGCCGCCGGCGGCAGCGUGCGGGCAACGACCAAGAUCACCAUCUACGGCAACGCAGGCGCCGUCGACGCGGAGGCGGGCCAAGGGGACAGGCGGGAGGUGCCCAUCCUCACCUUGUGGCCGCUGAGCCACAGCUUGGCAUCCGAGUGGCUCGACGGCCUGCUGAUGCUGCUUCAGCAGGCGCCCAUCACGGCGGAGACGAGCAAGCUGAUCAACCUCGUGAGCGACUACGGGCUGAAGAUCCGGCUGCUCAACGUUCGCAUGGACUCGCCGUUCGAGGGUCCGCCGCCGGGCGCCGGCAUCGUACCGAGCCGAAAGGGUUUGGACGAGGACUACUUCUUCGAGGUGUAG